CUUAUGGGUUUCUACCAACUGCUGGAACCCAAAGUGAAAAUUCGCUGCCGGCAGCAGGACAUUGCCAUGGUGCAGGCUGCUGUACAUAAAAACAUCCCCAUCUAUAAAGAUGCUGUGAAGAGCAACAUUGAGGUCGGCAUUGACAAAGACCGGCACCUUUCACCAGACAUCUCUGGAGGUAUUGAGAUGUACAACGCUAAUGGGAAGAUCAAGGUAGCCAACACCCUGGAGAGCAGGCUAGACCUCAUGGCCCAGCAGAUGAUGCCUGAGGUCAGAACGGCUCUGUUCGGUGCCAACCCGAACCGUACGUUUUUGGACUAAAAGAUGAUGCUGAUGGAGACAAAGGUUAAGGGAUCAUUGGAUGUGUUACUGCAAACAAGCCUCUUAUUUGGAUUGGAUAUGUGGAAAGUUGAGCAGAGCCUAAGAACACCCUGUCUCUGUGCUGGUUAAAAAUGCCUCUCUAUGAUCUUCCCAACUUUAAGCACUUAUCUCUAUGAUCUUCCAAAGUAAGAAACAG